UGUUGGGAGAGAGGAUGAUGUCUUCAAAAUUUUAGGUAUGUUGCCUGAUUCUGAUGAUGCUCACCAGGGUGUUAAAUUCCUUAGUAUUGUGGGACCUGGAGGAUUGGGUAAAACUGCUCUUGCCCGACUGGUGUAUAACCAUGAAAGGGUUGUAAGUGCAUUUUCGCUGAGGUUGUGGACUUGUGUCUCUGAUCAAGAUCAGAAACAGUUCGACGUGAAGGAAAUUUUUAAUCAGAUUUUAAGAUCGUGUUUGCAGCAGAUGGAUGAUGGCCCAGCAGAUCAGACGCAAGACCGACUUAUGGGACAAGUGGCAGGAAGGAAAUUCUUGCUAAUAUUAGAUGAUGUAUGGACUGAGAAUCUUGAUCAAUGGCUUAAGUUGGCAGAAUUCUUUAUGGCAGGUAGAAGAGGAUGUUGGAUUGUGGUAACGACACGUUCCAGAGAGACAACAAAAAUUAUAGGAAAUGGUCCUGUAUAUGAGUUGCAAGGCUUGUCUGAAGAGAACUCCUGGGGUUUGUUUGAAAAGAUGGCAUUUGAACAAGAAAUUCCCCCAGAGGACUUGGUCAAGAUUGGGCGAAAAAUCGUUGAAAGAUGUGCUGGUGUGCCUCUUGCUGUAUGGGUGGUAGGAAGUCUUCUACAUGGUCAAGGCAAGAGUAAGUGGCUUUCAAUUCAGGAGUUUGGACUAGCAGACAUCAGAAACAGCAAAAACAUCAUGCCGCUAUUGAAGCUUAGUUAUAGUCACCUUGGAUCUUCGCUGAAGAGUUGCUUCAAUUAUUGUGCAUUGUUCCCUAAAGGUUUUGAGAUAGAAAAGGAGUGGUUGAUUAGCCUUUGGAUGGCACAAGGCUUUGUUGUUCCAUUAGAUGAAACUCAAAGCAUAGAAGACGCCGGUGAAGAAUAUUUUUCAUUGUUGUUUCAGAGAUGUUUUUUUCAAGAUAUACAAAUUGAUGAAUAUGGUGAGGUUGUCUCGUGUAAGAUAAAUGCUCUCAUGCAUGAUAUUGCUGAAGAAUCUGCAGGAAACGAGAUAUGUGUAGCAAAUCCUUUCACCUGCAACAUGGAUGGUAAAGGUCACCAUCUAUCCGUUAUAAGAAGCAAAUCUGCAGUUAAUGUUUUCCGCAAGAGUCAAAUUCGUACCUAUCUUCAGGUUGGCAGGGUGGAUCAGUUAUCUACAGAGCAAUUACUGGAAAAUAUGACUUGCCUAAGGUCAUUGGUUUUGAAGGAUUCGGGCAUUCAAAGUCUACCGAAUUCAAUUGAUAAGUUACUACAUUUGAGAUGUCUUGACCUCUCUGACAAUGUAAUUCUGGAAGUACUUCCUGAAUCAAUUACAAACCUCCAUAAUUUGCAGACAUUAGUAUUAAGAUCUUGCAUCAGAUUGAAAGCGUUGCCAAAAGAUUUGAGCAAGUUGGUUAAGCUCAGGGUAUUGGAUGUAGUGGCAUGUUAUAGGUUUACUUCUAUACCUUCUGACUUGGGUAAGCUGACUUGUCUUCACACACUGACUAAGUUUCCUGUGAAAGCAAGUUCAAGUCUAAAGCAAUGCUCAGAUCAACUAGAAGGCCUAAAAGCUCUUAAAAACCUCAGAGGACAACUUGAAAUCCAUAUCCAACUUCCCAAGAAUCUGAAAUAUGUUAAGCAAGGCUAUAUGGAAGUAUCAUAUCUAAGGAGCAAGGAUCGUCUCAAUUAUAUUCGGUUUUGUAUUGAACAUGCAGAGAGUGAUGCAAGCAUUGCUUAUGAAGAAGCCAUGCUGGAAGACCUGCAGCCGCAUUCGAAUCUCAGGGGAUUGGUGUUAUUUGGGUAUCACUGUGUAAGAAUGCCAGGUUGGGCAGGGGAUGAUAGCUUGGCAACCUUCCUCCCGAAUCUGGUUAGGCUAGAACUAUCAUAUUGUCAUAACUUGCAAUACCUUCCUAUUCUUGCAAGCCUAAAUCAUCUGAAAUUCCUCUCUAUUUUCUACCUGCCAGAUUUGGAGUACAUUGAUUCUUUUGAGGCAGGGUUAAGUGAACACAAUCUCCUUUUCUUUCAUUGCUUGAAGAGCUUCGGUUAUGCAAGCUGCCAAACCUGAAAGCAUGGCAUAAAAAAGAGGUGGUAGGAGAU